AGAUACACUGGACUCAGAACUACACUCACAAGACAGUGGGGGAAUCAUAAUCCAAGAAACUCUACUUACUUUGGUAAUGGCCCCACUGUCUGAGAACGGAAUUCUUCCCGCCACACGACCGCCUGAACUCGGCGCCAAAGAUGCAGCAGAAUUGCAGCCUUACUUCAGCAUCUCUCCGGCUGAAGAAGAGCAAGCAGAACCGCAGGAGGUUGACCCGUGGAAUUUGCCCGAGCUCCGGGACACUGGGGUGAAAUGGUCAGAAUUGGACAAGGGGAAAGUUUUUCUGGCUGUGACGUCCAUCGUGCGGCUGGGUAUUCUGCUGGGACUGCUCUACUUGUUUGUCUGCUCACUGGACGUCCUGAGCUCCGCGUUCCAACUCGUUGGAGGAAAGGCAGCUGGUGAUAUCUUCCAGGAUAAUGCAGUACUUUCCAACCCAGUGGCUGGACUGGUCAUUGGAGUUCUGGUCACUGUCCUUGUUCAGAGCUCCAGCACAUCCUCCUCCAUUGUGGUCAGCAUGGUGUCCUCUGGACUGUUGGAGGUGAAGUCUGCAGUGCCAAUCAUAAUGGGUGCCAAUAUCGGCACUUCUGUGACAAACACCAUUGUUGCUGUGAUGCAGGCAGGAGACCGCAAUGAGUUCCGCAGGGCAUUUGCUGGUGCCACGGUCCAUGACUUCUUUAACUGGCUGUCUGUGCUGGUGUUGUUGCCUCUUGAGGUGGCCUCAGGGUUCCUCUACAGGCUCACAGAUCUCAUCAUCGAUUCCUUUAACAUUCAAACUGGCGCAGAUGCUCCAGAUCUGCUGAAGGUCAUCACUGUACCCCUCACAAAGAACAUUAUUCAGCUCGACAGCUCUGUUAUCAGUGGCAUUGCGACUGGUGACCCCGCCGCCCGCAACAAAAGUUUGAUUAAGAUCUGGUGCAAAUCAGAAAAAGUGACGAACCUUGUGAAUAUCACAGUCCCUGGAAUUGCAAACUGCACCCCUGAUGCUCUCUGCUGGGUGGAGGGCAAUGUGACCUGGACUGAGCAGAACCAGACAGAAACUAUCAACUUGCAAAAAUGCACUCAUAUAUUUGUGAACGCAAAUCUACCUGACUUAGCGGUGGGUUUGAUUUUGUUGGCUCUGUCAUUGCUGGCCCUCUGUACCUGUCUCAUUCUGAUCGUCAAGUUGCUGAACUCCAUGCUAAAGGGUCAGGUGGCGGUCGUCAUCAAAAAGGUGCUCAACACAGAUUUCCCCUUCCCCUUUGCCUGGGUGACGGGUUACCUGGCCAUGCUUGUUGGAGCUGGAAUGACCUUCAUUGUUCAGAGCAGCUCUGUCUUCACCUCGGCCAUCACCCCACUAGUUGGUAUUGGUGUUAUUAGCAUUGAGAGGGCUUAUCCACUUACACUGGGCUCCAACAUUGGUACAACAACAACUGCCCUUCUCGCUGCUUUGGCCAGUCCAGGAGAAACGCUGGCUAACUCAUUACAGAUUUCUCUCUGUCAUUUCUUCUUCAACAUCUGUGGUAUUUUACUGUGGUACCCCAUCCCCUUCACCCGCAUCCCUAUCCGAUUGGCCAAAGCUCUGGGUAACCUCACAGCCAAAUACCGCUGGUUUGCGGCAUUUUACCUCUUCCUGUGCUUCUUCCUCCUGCCACUUUUGGUUCUGGGCUUGUCCAUCGCAGGCUGGCAGGUGUUGGUGGGGGUCGGGGUGCCUGCGGUGGUCUUCCUGGUCUUUGUGAUGGCAGUGAACAUCAUGCAGAAGCGGUGCCCGAGAUUCUUGCCCUCAUUCCUCCGCAGCUGGAACUUCCUGCCCAAACCGCUGCACUCCCUCAAACCUUGGGACAGACAGGUUACUUCAGCAAUGACCUUCUGCAGAACACACUGCUGUUGCUGCUGCAAGUGUUGCAAGAAGGAAGAAGAUGAUGAAGAGAAGGAGACAAAUAAGAAGCUUAGGAGUUUAGAGAUGUUCGACAAUCCAGCACUCACUAUAGAAGAUGAGAAGGACCAGGCGAAAGCGACACAUUUAUAAUGAGUAAUGAACUGUUUUCAUUAAAGUAAUACAUUAUGUCAAGUCAAGUACAUUUUAUUUGUUUAGCGCCUUUCACAACACACAUCGUUUCAAAGCAGCUUUACAGAAGAUCAGCAUUAACAGACGAUAAAACUGUAAUGUCUAUAAAGUUGAUGAAUCAUCAUUGUGUAAUUAGAUAAAAUCUUAUUCUUAAUCGUGUUUAAAAAUAAUUUAAUAAUAGUUGUAUAAAUAACUCCAGUGAGCAAGCUGUAGGCGACUGUGGCAAGGAACACAAAACUCCAUAAGAUGUAGAUUAAUGGAGAAAAAUAACCUUGGGAGAAACCAGACUCACUAUGUGUUUCUAAUAACAUGCUACAAGUGAUCACAUACAGAAAGGCAUUUUGCGGGUUUA